AUGUUAGAAGGAAAGUUUGAAGAAGCUUCUUUGUUGAAAAAGAUCGUUGAGGCCAUGAAAGAUUGUGUCAGUAGCUGUAACUUCAACUGCACUGAAAACGGUAUUUCUGUCCAAGCAGUCGACAACUCUCGUGUCCUUUUGAUUUCCCUAUUGAUUGAAAAGGAUACUUUUGAAGAGUACAGAUGUGAUCGUAAUAUCACUCUAGGUGUUGGUCUGGGUAGCUUGAGUAAAAUCAUUGGAAAUGGAGCCAACAGCGACUACUUAACUAUUUCUGCUGACGAUGAUGCGGACAAAUUAAACAUUAUCUUCGAAGACAAAGUCAAAGACAAAAUCAGUGAGUACAACUUGAAACUAUUAGAUAUUGAUGCAGAUUUAUUAGACGUGGGUCCUAUGGAUACUGAUGCCACCAUUACGCUCCCUUCUGCAGAUUUUGCUAAAAUUUGCAAAGAUAUGAAAGUGUUGAGUGAAUCUCUACAAAUCAUCGUAACGAAAGACUCCGCCCUUUUCCAGAGUGUUGGAGAUAUUGGAACAGGAAACAUUGUAAUCAGACCAAAGACUGACAUUGACCAUCCUGAGGAGUCUGUUACAAUUAGUUUGGACAAACCAAUCGAUUUGAGUUUUGGUUCCAAGUAUCUGAGCGAUAUUAUAAAGGCUACAUCAUUAUCGCAAAAAGUUACCAUUAAGCUAACGGACCAGUCACCGGGGGUGUUUGAAUAUAAGCUUCCAAGUGGGUACCUGAGGUUUUACCUAGCUCCUAAGUUUGACGAAAGUAACUAA